AUGGCAUACUCGAACAUCUCAUCUUGUCUCAUGACGUUUUCAUUUUGUCUCGAACAAAGCUUAGAAAGCUAUUUUUUUACAUUCUUGUACGAGCAACCGAUAUUAGAUUCGGAUCAAUUAUUGACAAUAAAUGCCUAUUUUCAACCACUUGACAUUUCCACGAUGACAAAAGAUUUUCGACAUUCGUAUACGACUAAUCUUGAUGAAUUACAAUUUCUUCAUUCAUGGAAACAUCCUCACAUAGCCCAUAUGAAUUUCGGUGUCAGACAUUUUAAAUCAUUUUUGCCGAAAAUAAAACAAAUAAAGAUUGGUCAACCUUAUUGGCUUAUUAAAGUGAAAAGUGAUCAGCAUAGAAAUCUUCAACACUUAUCGUCUAAUAGAUAUUAUCCACCAGAAGUGGACGACGAGCAUAUUAUUAUUCAUCGAUUAUUGGAAAUGUUUCAUCAACGCCCGUUCAUACUUUCACGUUUUCCACCGCAAGGUGCGUUGGCUGUUGUUCGAGCUCGAUACGGUCCCUAUCUCGAUAUCAUAUUCAGAAUCCAUGCUGAAUAUCAAUUAAAUACUGCUCCGUAUCAUCCAUUUUGGUAUACACCAGCUCAGUUCCAAGGACGUUUGGUGAUAAAAGAGGAUGCUACUGAAAUUAUUUAUUUUCGAAUGCAUGUUCCAAGUAACAAAAAACUUAAUGUUGAUAUGGAAUGGUUGUCUGAUGGCAGUACUGGAUCUAAUAUGGAAGUUGAUAUUGGUUAUAUGCCACAAAUGGAACUUCGUUCUUCUGCUCCAUCAUUGAAAGUUUUGCAGAAUGCUGUGACAGACAAUAACAUGACAAUGGAAGCAGAUUUAAGAUUACAGUUUAUGAAACCGAUGAACGAGACACUUUAUAGUGAUUUAUUAAUAUCGUACAAGUGGGACAAUGAAAUUACUGAAGAAGAAGUACUUUCAAUUUUAGAAAAAACCUUUUAUCCAUUUAAAGAAGUAGUGGCCGAACUUUACGAGAAACUGGCUAUUCUAAACAACAAAUCGGAUGUGGAAAAUGUUCAUCGAGCACAAUGUGCUUUAGAUUCUUAUAAGUUUCCAGUUGAAUCUAUGAUACAUCGUCUCGAUGGAACAGUUAUAGCAAACAUAAAUGCAAAUGAUUUAAUGAAUUUUAGUCAAAAGUCAGUAGGCGAGUUUGAAAAGAUAGUGUUUGUAAAUGAUGGUAUGGAUUCAACGACAAAACCUUAUAUUGACUUUUUAGAACAAGCAUUAAAUACACUACAAUAA